AUGACCACCGUCGCCACCAUCAAGCAAAACUGCCGCAAAGUCGUCUGCAUCGGGCGCAACUAUGCCGACCACAUAACCGAGCUCUCCAGCGCGCGCCCCUCGCAGCCGUUCUUCUUCCUGAAACCCCCUUCCUCGAUCCUCCUCCCGCGCAGCGGCCCCAUGAUCCGCCCCCGCGGCGUCACCCUCCACCACGAAGUCGAGCUGGGCAUCGUGAUCGGCGCGCCCCCCUCGGGCCACUCCUCAUGGAAGAACAUUCCCAACACCCCUUCCGCGCUCGACUCCAUCUCCUCGUACCUGCUGACCAUCGACAUGACGGCGCGCAACGUGCAGAACGAGGCGAAGCGCAAGGGCCUCCCCUGGAGCAUCGCCAAGGGGUUCGACACUUUUCUGCCUGUCAGCGAGCAUAUUGAAAAGAGCAAGAUUCCGGAUCCGCAUGAUGUGGUGUUGUGGUUGAGCGUCAAUGAGCAGGUCAAGCAGAAGGACAGCACGAAUUUGAUGUUGUUUGAUAUUCCGAGGAUGUUGAGUGAUAUCAGUCAGGUUAUGGCGUUGGAGGAGGGAGAUAUCGUGUUGACGGGGACGCCGAAGGGUGUGGGACCUGUUGAGGCUGGUGAUGUUGUUCGCUGUGGUUUGGAGGUGGGUGGAAAGGAGCUGGAAGAGGCGCGUUUGGAGGUCGAGUGUGUAGAACAAGGGAAGGAGGAGCCUUAUGAGUACCGGGAGACAUAA